CCCGUUUCAAUCAGUCAGAGUCCACCCUGUCUUUCUCAUCUCUCAAAAACUCAUCUUUGAUCAUCUUCUAGUGUUACUGGUAUAUUCUUUGAUAUAUUUAGGCUCCCAAAUAUCAAAGAUAUGUCUGGUUUAAGUGCUGAUGAUGCAAUUUCAAGCACUGUGAUUGAAUCUGAGUAUUCAUGCCGUUGCUUUUCACUAGAUGAGACACAAUCAAUGACCAACAAUUUUGAUGAAGAAUUAGUUAUUGGGAUUGGCGGAUUUGGUAAGGUAUAUAAGGGGUUCACCAACGACGGUGCUACAACUGUCGCUAUAAAGCGGUUGAAGGCAGAGUCCAAUCAAGGCGCAGAGGAGUUCUGGAAUGAGGUCAAGAUGUUGUCUAAGCUCCGGCACACUCAUCUUGUUCCUCUGAUCGGCCAAUGCAGCGACUGCCAGGAAAUGAUCCUUGUUUACGAAUAUAUGGCUCGUGGGACCCUAGCCGAUCAUCUCUAUAAAAGAAGUAGAAACCAAACUGAAAUUACUAGUUUUCAUCUCACAUGGGAGCGGAGGCUCAGCAUUUGCAUCGGCGCAGCACGAGGGUUAGACUACCUUCAUACUGGUACCAAUCAAAGUUUCAUACACCGAGAUGUGAAGACCACAAACAUUCUGUUGGAUGAGAAUUGGGUAGCCAAGAUUUCAGAUUUUGGGCUGUCCAAAGGCACUACAAGCCAUUCAGCAACCCAUGUUAGUACAAAAGUCAAAGUGCUCUGUGGGAGGCCACCAGUGGAUACAAGUCUCAAGGAAGAGGAAAUUAGUUUAAUCCUUUGGGGUCAACAACACAUCAAAAAAGGAAAGGUUGAUCGAAUCAUUGAUCCCUCAUUGAGUGGACAAAUAACACCACAGUGUCUAAAGUACUUUGUAGAAGUUGCCUACAAUUGUUUAGAUACUAGUCCAAAGAAAAGGCCUACAAUGGGUGAAGUGGUGGGGACUCUUGAUCUUGCAUUGGUGUCACAACGUAAAGGAAGGUCGGAAGGAAUGAUUGGAAAGAUGUUUAAGGGUAUUGCAAUUGUGCCAAAAGGUAUGAAUCAUUGGUGGGGGGAAAGAAAGGACAGCGGUUCUAAGAAUGGACUGUCUAAGGAUUUGUUUUCGGAACCACUUUCGGAUGGUGCUACCCGACCACAACGUCAAUUUUCACUUGCUGAGAUUCGAGCGGCUACAAAUGAUUUCGAUACGGAACUUUUGAUCGGUUGGGGUAGGCUUAAGAAGGUGUACAAAGGUUGCAUAGAUGGGGGAACUAGUAUUGUCAUGAUCAACAAGAUCGAUGCACUGUCAUUGUAUCAUUGGGAAGAGGUUAGGGCUAACAUUAAGGUACACUCCCUACUUGAGAAUCACCCCCACAUAGUCUCUCUGUUUGGAUUUUGCAAUGAGAAAUCAGAGUUAAUCGGCGUGUAUGAUUACAUGGAGAAUGGGUCCUUGGAAGAUCAUUUAUUCAAUACAAACGACUCACUUCUGUGGAAAGAACGACUCAAGAUUUGCAUUGGUGCAGCACGAGGACUACAACAUCUCCAUGAGAAUGCGAAGCGAAGAGUCAUCCACAGUGACAUAAAUCCAACUAAUAUUCUGUUGGAUGAGAAUUGGGUUGCAAAACUUGUUCAUUUCGGGUUUUCCGAAUCAAUGUACAAUGACAUUACGACUGUAACAACAUUUUCAAAGCCUUACGGUGGUAUCGGAUAUGUGGCACCAGAGUAUGUUAUGCACGGAAAAUUAACAACAAAAUCUGAUGUAUAUUCAUUUGGUAUGGUGUUAUUGUCAGUAUUAUGUGCUAAGAAACCAUAUUAUUAUAACCUAGAUGGGGAUCGUACGUCCUUAGUCCAUUGGUUCAUGAGUGGUAUGAAAACCAUUGAUCAAGUCAUUGAUCCAAAUUUGAUUGGGAAAAUAGCACCAAAAUGCUUGAAGGAAUUUGUUGAUAUUGCAUUAAGUUGUCUACUUGAUCAGGACAACCGACGACCCUCGAUAGACAAUGUGGUAAGGAGCCUGCAUUCUGCAUUACAACUACAGGAGGCUUGGGAGAAUCAUUUUGAGAUUGGUGCUGAGUUACCUGUGAUCGACUUUUAUUGUUGUAACAUCUUCUCUGUUGAUGAUGACUUGACAAUUGGCGGAUUGAGCAUUUUUCCUUCAGAUAUUGAUGAUGAUCUUGUUUCCAAUUUUGAUGCAAGAUCGAAUGGAUCCUUGUCAGACUCGGAUUUUGACGAAUUACAUCGUUAAUUAAAAAGCUUUUGGAUUUGACUCUUUUUACCUACAUGUAUGUCUUUCCACUUUAUAUUGUAUUUUUUUUUUUCUUCCCUU